AGAAGUGGGGAGUUUAGGAAAGUGCCUGAUUUGGAUAAUGGAAAGCAGCCAAUGACUGUCUUUAUACUCGAUUACCUUUAAGCUUUCAUAUGUCCUUAGUUAAUAUUUGUCUAUUCAGAAUAAGAGAUUUGAUGGCAGCGGCCUUUCUUGGCCUUUUUUUGAUCAGGCUCUGAAGUGGAAUGCCCCUAGCCGAGGGGUCCUCUGGCUAGCCAGAGAUUUACGAUAGAUGAUAGCGAUGGCGGCUGAGCGAGGUGGGUGGUUUGGUCCAGCGUUUGGGCUACGGUUGCUGUUGGCGACUGUGCUUCAAGCGGUGUCUGCUUUCAGGGCAGAAUUUUCAUCAGAGGCAUGCAGAGAGUUAGGCUUCUCUAGCAACUUGCUGUGCAGCUCAUGUGAUCUUCUUGGACAGUUCAACCUACUUCAGCUGGAUCCUGAUUGCAGAGGAUGCUGUCAGGAAGAAGCGCAAUUUGAAACCAAAAAGCUAUAUGCAGGCGCUAUUCUGGAAGUCUGUGGAUGAAAAUUGGGGCGGUUCCCUCAAGUCCAAGCUUUCGUCAGAAGUGAUAAACCCAAACUAUUCAGAGGACUACAAAUCAAGUAUGUUCGUGGUUCAGACCCUGUACUAAAGCUUUUGGACGACAAUGGGAACAUUGCUGAAGAACUAAGCAUCCUCAAAUGGAACACAGACAGUGUAGAAGAAUUCCUGAGUGAAAAGUUGGAACGUAUAUAAAUGUUGCUUAAGUUUUGUCCUAUCCUUUUUGUUACCUUAUCAAAUGAAAUAUUACAGCACCUAGUUUUGCUUGCUUCCAUUGAUCAGUCUCUUUCGGUGAGGCAUUAAACAUCUAAUUAGGAGUUGAAGUGGCAGCACAGCUCAGGAUAGCUAAGGAAUUGGCAAGCGUCACAAAACCAUUUUUUUUUUAAUAAAUUUAUGUCCUGCAUUUGUUGACACCACUGACAAAAUGCUUUGUAAUAGUCUUCUGGUUAAUUAUGCAAAUGAUAGUUUGUGAUAAUUGGUCCGGUUUUAUGUACAACCCAUUUUUAAAUGAGGGAGGUUAAUAAGAGAUGAUUGCUAUGCCUCAUGUGCUGUGCGCUACUUUGAAAGUAAUGACAGAAAACUACAAAGAAAAUAAGUUAUGCCAAGCCUCAACCACCUGAUCCUCAGAGCCUCUCAUAUUUUUGUAUUACCCUAUUUUCUUUUUAAUACAUAUGUUAUUUAUAGCUUGUAACGAAUGUACUGCUUAAAAACUUGGUAACCUAAUUAUUGUAAAACAGAUUCGAGAUCUGCAGUGAGAGUGAAACAUUACAAAGAUUUGUGUUAAUGAAGACUACACAGAAAACCUUUCUGAGGAUUUGUGUAGAUCCGAUAUUUAGCAAAUUUUUUUGUUUUACAUUCUUACUGAAAAGUUCCAUUUAAAAAUGACCACUUAUAAGACCAAAAUAUAAAUAAAAACUUUAAAAAUCUGUCAGAAUUUGGAAUUAUUCUGGUUUGUCCUCUCAUGUUUAAAAAUGAUUAAGCUUCUCAGUGCAUUCUUAUUUUUCAUAUAUGCUUUUCUAAGCUGUAAUGUGAGAAUGACUAUAUUGUUUAAAACUUUAUCAUAAUUUCUUUUUCUUGACAAUAGAGGUUGAUUACUAAUCUUUCCCACCAGUUUGCAUUAUAUAACUUUUUUUAUGUUCCUAUUGCAAUAUUAUUAUACAAAGUUGUAAGGUUCAUUAUGACAUAUUCAUAUAUGUGCAUAAUUUUCCUUAAUGUAUUCCCAGUACUUCCCUUUUCCCUCUCCUCUACUCUUGACAUUCCUUCCAUUUAUUUACAUAUUUUUUCCAUUGUCACAUUAUAAUUUUACAUAAAAGUGGAAUUCAUUGUGAUGUAUGUUCAUACAUGCAUAUAGCUUAAUUUGGUCAGUUUUUUUCCCCAUUCAUGUAAUAUUGUAAAUUAUAUCUACUUUUAAAGCUAGCAAGAGAAUGAAUAUAAAUCUCUGUAAUUUGACUAAUCAAAAGAAUAUAAGAAAUCCUGACAAAUGGAUGGUUCACUUUUUGGUCAUGAAUAGCAAUGGAGAGGGCUGUCAUUUUGAUAGUUCUAAGCCCUGGUUAAUUUGCCACUAGUCCUUAAUGGUUGUUGCUACUUCCAAAUAAGGGGGAGAUUAAGCCUAUUGUGGACAGUGAUAAAAAGAGGAAAAAAAAAAGUUGUCACCACACACAGAAGAAUAGUAGUAUUGAAGGGUGAAACUUCAAAACUUCUGGGAUUGGCAUAGAAAAUUAAUUUGGCCUGGUUUCUGGACAGGAAGAGCCAGUUAAAUGAGUAUCUGGCAUUGGGGGUGGGAUGACUAAAGAAAGGCCUAAAAAGUCUAUUAUAUUCAAGUUAUUAUGAGAGAUCAAAGAAGCUGAAGUACCCUGCUGUAUCUUAGAGCUUCAGGUUCUCAAAUUGAUGAAUAAAAAAAGGGUGUUUUUCUAUCAAGCCCUGCUAUUUUAAUUUAGAGAUUCAAAUUUGGAGAUUCAAAACUAAUCGGCCAAUUCCAAGUGUUUUUUGCCCAUUGCAAUCAAAGAACAGUUUUUUAAAGAAACAAAACCACUGAUUACCAAGAAAAGGGGUAUAAAUACUAAUCCAAAAAGUACCAUUUUAUAGCCAUAUUCUGACAUUUGAUUAAGCUUAUUCAAAUUCAGAAACGUGGAUAUGUGGUAGUCAUUUGAUAUUUAUGACUUCACUCCCCCUGCCAGAAUUAUGUUACUUCUAAUUCCAAACAGUUAAUUUAUCUCUAAAUUUCUAAAUUUAGCAAAGACUCUUAUAAGGAGCUAUAAGCAAAAACUGACGCAUCCUGUUUUAAGAGGAUUUGAGACAUUAAAGCUAUUUUAAAAUUAAAGUACAGAAAAUACCUUUGAAAGCAAAUACUGCAAAAUUUGAGUCAAGGGCUAGAGUACAGCUCAGUGGUAGAGCACUUGCCUAGCAUGUACAAGGCCCUGAGUUUGAUGCCUAGCACCACAAAAAAAAAAAAAUUAAAAAGAAUAUUCAAAGUUAAAACUGUCAAUCGCUAGGGUUUAAAACAUGUUUACAAAUA